AUGGAGAAGGGCUCCCUCAAAAGCAAAACUGAAAAAGGAUACAGCUCCAAGGCCGACUCUUCUGUAAGAAGCUUGAACAAAGUGAUUCAGACCAAACUUACGGUGGGCCACCUGGGCUUGGGCUUGGUCAUCAUCCAGAAUGGGUCCUACCUCCAGAUUAGCCACCUCAUCAAUAAAGGGGCUGCAGCCAGUGACGGAAUACUCCAGCCAGGUGAUGUUCUGAUUAGUGUCGGACAUGCCAAUGUGCUAGGAUAUACCCUCCGUGAAUUUUUAAAGCUUUUGCAAAAUAUUACCAUAGGAACCAUGCUACAAAUCAAGGUUUACCGAGGCUUUCUUGAAAUACCCCAGGAAUGGCAAGAUGUGUAUGAUUUAAUCCCUGAGACCAAAUUUCCAAUCCCACACACACCAAAGAAAACGGAGAAGGCAAAAGACUCUUUUGUAAGCGAUGACCAUGAAGAUGCAGUUUUAGAUAAAAAACUGAAGUAUUACAGGUACCCCCGGUCAGUCUGGAAUCACCCAGUAAGGACCCCAGUGUCAAUCUCCACAGAGUGGCAUGGGUAUAAAAAGAAGGACCACACUAUUAGUGUUGGCAAAGACUUUAACUGCGACGUAGUAAUUCACAAGGAUGACAAGAAAGAACUGAGGGUCCCUUCUCCAUACUGGACAAUGGUGGAGCAAGACAAAGCUGCCUCCCCCUGCCCCUCCUCCCUCUCCUCCUCUGCUGCCUCCUCCAUCUCAGAUGCCUUUUGGCUGGAGGAUUAUGCACAGGUUGAGGAGGGCAAAGGUAAACAGGGAUCAAAGUUUGGUUAGGUAUUGGUUUGCAAAUUUGUGGCUAUAGAACUUUUUAUGUUUAAACAUCCAAUUUUUAUGCCUUACC